AUGAUUGUGCUAUUAUUCUUUGCCUUGCUCUGGAUGGUGGAAGGAGUCUUUUCCCAGCUUCACUACACGGUGCAGGAGGAGCAGGAACAUGGCACUUUCGUGGGGAAUAUCGCUGAAGAUCUGGGCUUGGACAUUACAAAACUUUCAGCUCGCAGGUUUCAAACGGUGCCCAACUCGCGGACCCCUUACUUGGACCUCAACCUGGAAACCGGGGUGCUGUACGUGAACGAGAAGAUCGACCGCGAGCAAAUCUGCAAGCAGAGCCCCUCCUGCGUCCUGCACCUGGAGGUCUUCCUGGAGAACCCCCUGGAGCUGUUCCGGGUGGAGAUCGAGGUGUUGGACAUCAAUGACAACCCCCCCUCCUUUCCGGAGCCGGACCUGACAGUGGAGAUCUCUGAGAGCGCCACGCCAGGCACCCGCUUCCCCUUGGAGAGCGCAUUCGACCCAGACGUGGGCACCAACUCCUUGCGCGACUACGAGAUCACCCCCAACAGCUACUUCUCCCUGGACGUGCAGACCCAAGGGGAUGGCAACCGAUUCGCCGAGCUGGUGCUGGAGAAACCGCUGGACCGAGAGCAGCAAGCGGUGCACCGCUACGUGCUGACCGCGGUGGACGGGGGAGGAGGGGGAGGAGGAGGAGAAGGAGGGGGAGACGGCGCGGGAGGGGGCCUGCCCCCCCAGCAGCAGCGCACCGGCACGGCCCUACUCACCAUCCGAGUGCUGGACUCUAACGACAAUGUGCCCGCCUUCGACCAACCCGUCUACACUGUGUCCCUUCCAGAGAACUCACCGCCGGGCACGCUCGUGAUCCAGCUCAACGCCACAGACCCAGAUGAAGGCCAGAAUGGCGAGGUAGUGUACUCCUUCAGCAGCCACAUUUCGCCCCGAGCGCGGGAGCUCUUCGGACUCUCCCCGCGCACCGGCCGGCUGGAGGUGAGCGGCGAGCUGGACUAUGAAGAGAGCCCGGUGUACCAAGUGUACGUACAAGCCAAGGACCUGGGCCCCAAUGCCGUGCCCGCUCACUGCAAGGUGCUAGUGCGAGUGCUGGAUGCUAACGACAACGCGCCGGAGAUCAGCUUCAGCACCGUGAAGGAGGCGGUGAGCGAGGGCGCGGCGCCCGGCACAGUGGUGGCCCUGUUCAGCGUGACCGACCGAGACUCAGAGGAGAAUGGGCAGGUGCAGUGUGAGCUGCUGGGGGAUGUGCCAUUCCGCCUCAAGUCUUCCUUCAAGAACUACUAUACCAUCGUGACCGAGGCCCCCCUGGACCGAGAGGCGGGGGACUCCUACACCUUGACCGUGGUGGCUCGGGACCGGGGCGAGCCGGCGCUCUCCACCAGUAAGUCGAUCCAGGUGCAAGUGUCAGAUGUGAACGACAACGCACCGCGGUUCAGCCAGCCGGUCUACGACGUGUAUGUGACCGAGAACAACGUGCCCGGCGCCUACAUCUACGCGGUGAGCGCCACGGACCGCGAUGAGGGCGCCAACGCCCAGCUAGCCUACUCGAUCCUCGAGUGCCAGAUCCAGGGCAUGAGCGUCUUCACUUACGUCUCCAUCAACUCCGAAAACGGCUAUUUGUACGCCCUGCGCUCCUUCGACUACGAGCAGCUCAAGGACUUCAGCUUUCAGGUGGAAGCCCGGGACGCCGGCAGCCCCCAGGCGCUGGCUGGCAACGCCACUGUCAACAUCCUCAUCGUGGAUCAGAACGACAACGCCCCUGCCAUCGUGGCGCCCCUCCCGGGGCGCAACGGGACUCCGGCUCGAGAGGUGCUGCCCCGCUCGGCGGAGCCGGGUUACCUGCUGACCCGCGUGGCCGCAGUGGACGCGGACGACGGCGAGAACGCCCGGCUCACCUACAGCAUUGUACGGGGCAACGAAAUGAACCUUUUCCGCAUGGACUGGCGCACCGGGGAGCUCCGCACAGCGCGCCGGGUGCCAGCCAAGCGCGACCCCCAGCGGCCUUACGAGCUGGUGAUCGAGGUGCGCGACCACGGGCAGCCGCCCCUGUCCUCCACCGCCACCCUGGUGGUGCAGCUGGUGGAUGGCGCUGUCGAACCCCAGGGCGGGGGCGGGGGCGGGGGUGGGGGGUCAGGGGAGCACCAACGCCCCAGCCGCUCCGGCGGCGGGGAGACUUCGCUGGACCUCACCCUCAUCCUCAUCAUCGCGCUGGGCUCCGUGUCCUUCAUCUUCCUGCUGGCUAUGAUCGUGCUUGCCGUGCGUUGCCAAAAAGAGAAGAAGCUCAACAUCUACACGUGUCUGGCCAGUGAUUGCUGCCUCUGCUGCUGCUGCUGUGGCGGUGGAGGCUCGACCUGCUGCGGCCGCCAAGCCCGGGCACGCAAGAAGAAACUCAGCAAAUCGGACAUCAUGCUGGUGCAAAGCUCCAACGUACCCAGUAACCCGGCCCAAGUGCCCGUGGAGGAGUCUGGGGGCUUUGGCUCCCACCACCACAACCAGAAUUACUGCUACCAGGUCUGCCUGACCCCUGAGUCCGCCAAGACCGACCUGAUGUUCCUUAAGCCCUGCAGCCCUUCGCGGAGUACGGACACUGAGCACAACCCCUGCGGGGCCAUCGUCACCGGCUACACAGACCAGCAGCCCGACAUUAUCUCCAACGGAAGCAUUUUGUCCAACGAGACUAAACACCAACGAGCAGAGCUCAGCUAUCUAGUUGACAGACCUCGCCGUGUUAACAGUUCUGCAUUCCAGGAAGCCGACAUAGUAAGCUCUAAGGACAGUGGUCAUGGGGACAGUGAACAGGGGGAUAGUGAUCAUGAUGCCACCAACCGCGGCCAGUCAGCUGGUAUGGAUCUCUUCUCCAACUGCACCGAGGAAUGUAAAGCACUGGGCCACUCAGAUCGGUGCUGGAUGCCUUCUUUUGUCCCUUCUGAUGGACGCCAGGCUGCCGAUUAUCGCAGCAAUCUGCAUGUUCCUGGCAUGGACUCGGUUCCAGACACUGAGGUGUUUGAAACUCCAGAAGCCCAGCCUGGGGCGGAGCGGUCCUUCUCCACCUUCGGCAAAGAGAAGGCCCUUCACAGCACCCUGGAGAGGAAGGAGCUGGAUGGACUGCUGUCUAAUACACGAGCGCCUUACAAACCACCAUAUUUGAAUCAUUUCCAUCCUCUUUCUUAUUUUGUACACUGGAAAUAA